UCAAUUUUCCUUGAGAUGAGUUGGUGUUAAUUGUUGAUUAAUUUAUGUUAAAACUUAAUUGUGUCAUUACAUUUGUGAUAAUAAAUGUAAACUUAUUGAAAAAUGGUGACUAUUAAUGAUCAACAGCAGGAACAACAAGGAGAAUUGUCAAUCAGAUUGAAUGGUAAGAAAGAUGUAAGGAUCUUACUGGUCGGUGAUCCUGGUGUUGGUAAAACCUCUCUCAUAUUUUCACUGGUUAGUGAAGAGUUUGCUGAAGAGGUCCCACCUCGUGCUGAAGAGAUUACAAUUCCUGCUGAUGUUACACCAGAAAAGGUUACAACUCAGAUUGUUGAUUUUUCCGCUCAAGAACAAAAUGAUGAAAAUCUUUACCAGGAAAUUCGUAAAUCGCAUGUAAUAUGCAUCGUCUAUGCAGUUGAUGAUGAUGAUUCAAUUGAUAAGAUUUCGUCUUAUUGGUUACCUUUAAUUCGUGACCAAUUAGGAGAGGAUCAUAAUGUACCGGUAGUCUUGGUUGGUAAUAAGGUUGAUUUGGUGGAAUAUAGUUCAUUAGAGUCAAUAUUACCUAUUAUGAAUCAAUUUAAUGAAAUAGAGACUUGCGUUGAGUGUUCAGCAAAGACGUUAAAAAAUAUUUCCGAACUUUUUUUUUAUGCUCAAAAGGCUGUUCUCCACCCAACAUUACCCCUUUACUCGUCUUACGAAAGAGAUCUCACCGAUAAAUGUAAAAAAGCCCUACGUCGAAUAUUUAGAUUAUGUGAUGAAGACAAUGACGGUCUCCUGAAUGACGAUGAACUGAAUAAAUUUCAAAAAAGAUGUUUCAACACUCCAUUAAAAUCUCAAGCCUUGGAAGACAUUAAGAACAUCGUUAAAAGAAGUUUACCCGAUGGUAUAUUCGAAGAUAGUAUAACACUCAGUGGUUUCUUAUUCCUUCAUUGUCUAUUCAUUCAAAGAGGUCGACAUGAGGCCACUUGGGCAGUUUUACGAAAAUUUGGCUACAAUGAUAGAGUUGAACUCGAAGAUGAAUCCUUUCAUAAUCGCCCUUUUCCAGAUAAUCCAACCAAGCACAAUACUGAACUAUCAGAGCAUUUGACAGUUUUUCAAAAUGCCUGGUCAACGGGAACUCCUGCAUUGGUAAAAGCUGGUUUAGGAAUUUCCACCAUAGCUAUUUUCAGCAUUUUCUUAUACAAAUUGAUAAGAAAAUUAAAUAUCCAAUCAAAUUAAUUAAUAAACCGGAACAAAAAGUGUAUGCCUAGAUAAUUAACUUCUUCAUUAUUGUCUUCUGAGUAAAUUUAUAUAUAUAUAUAUCUCCAUAUAACGAUAA